UUUUUCUGUGUUGUGUUACCAAUUUUCAAAAAGAAAGAUGUAAUCUAGAUUUUGUUAUAGCUGCUCUGUUCAUGCUAAUAUUUUGUUUGUUGUCUCAAUUUUUUUCAUCUAUGUACUGCCACGGAAACAAAAAUGUAUCUAUCUGCAUGGAAAGAGGAUAUUUGGUGGGAACCCUGUAUAAUGAAGGUCACUCCAUACUGUCUUCUGCCAGAUACCAUCUGCGGAGAAUGUGCGGAAAACGUAGACAACUUCUACUCAUUCAUAAAGAACUGUUUACAGAACAUCAUCAUUCUAGAAGCCCAGUACGAUAUACAGGAUUCUUGUUUGAAGUCUAAACAGAAACGAGACAAGAGCUCCUACACCGACUUCAACCACAGGAAGAUCAACAAGGGAAACCAGACCGAAGAUCGUUUAGAUGUUCUAACCGGAUUAAAUGGUGGAUUCGAUGAGUUCAGGCAGAGUUUUCCUCUGACUCUUAAUUUCUUAGAAACCCCUCUUAAUUUACACAUCAAAACUGAUACUCGGCUAGUUGAAUAUGACGUUGAAUCCGAUUCUAGUCUGGAUGAAUGCUUCGAAAACAAGGGAGAGGUCACUCUGUGCGAUAAACUGCAAUCCUUUACUCAGAUCUCCAAACUGGUCGAAGCCUUCACCAGUAAACCAGUGCUUCCUCCCAAAUCGCAAUACUUCGACGAUUCCGAAAAGAAUUUGAUAACAGAAAUAUCCCAAAGAAAAAAUUUGAAAAGAAAAAACGAAUUUAUAGAAACCAGCAAGCCAAAAAUUUACAAACUCGAUAAUUGUAACAGACGAAAGAAUAAAGUACCAAAGAAGUUAGAUACUCAAGACGUUAGUGAAGAAAAUUUUAGUUUCGAAAGCAGGGAACAAGCUGAUAGGACGGAUCUUGCUCAGAUUAAUGAUGCAGCUAAUGAGGAAAUUGAAAAUCAGCAGAUUGUUGAACAAAACGAAAACCUGCUGUCAUCUUUACCGCAAAGUUGUUUAUUGUGUGAUACUCACUUUUCUGGACCAUCGGCUCUAGCCGCCCAUGUUUUUGAAUUCCACGGGAUCGACAUGUCCGAAGUUGUGUCUUCCGGAUCGGGGGAGUCUUUUCCAGAAAAGAGCAAAAAGAAGUUACCAAAUCUCGUUAAAAUAUCUGAUCUCAAAAAGACUGAUUCACUAGAAAAUAACCAGUUCUGUGACCUUCAACAGGAUCCUCAUUCCAUGUAUUGUCCAAAUUGUUCCAAUGUAUUCACGAGUAAGCAAGAUCUGAUGAUGCAUUUAAGACUCAAACACGCACAAAUCGCUGGUUUCGUUUGUGGGAUAUGUUUGCAUCAGUGCUCUUCGUACAUGAACCUAAAGGUGCAUUUGCAGAGCUGCUCCAACACUCAACUACCCUCUACCAAAUAUAUCUGCCAGGUGUGCCAAUAUGGAGAUGAUAACUUCAAGUGGCUGGAGAACCACGUUUUGGUGCACGAUUUUUUAAUCGAGGCUUGUAAAAAACAGAUGAAGAUGUUCGAUCCCGAAGACUUUAUUGAUAUUAACGAGGCGAUUGGUAAUACACCAUACAAAGGAUUGAGUUGUGCAGAUUGUGGUGUGAAUGAAUUUUAUUCUUUUAAGGAAUUUAGUGCGCACAGGAGAAAUAAACACAGUAACUUCCAUUGUGAUCUAUGCAAUAAGUUUUAUGGUAGAAAUUCUCAUUUGUGGAAACACGUUAACAGAUUGCACAAAGGCCAUCCAAGCAUUACUUGCCAGCUGUGUUAUAAAACCUCGGCUUCCAAAUACCAUCUUUCCCAGCAUUUUAACAAAAUCCAUCUAGCGAAAGGCGGGAAAAAGUCUUCCUCUGCCGAACUGGUGGAAAAAGAAAAUUCACUCAAAUUUUCUUCCUUCGAUUUUUUGUCUAUAAGAGACAAGUUUAUCAAAGAGGAACUGGAGUAUACUAGCGAUCAAGAUGAAAAUUCUAACCACUCGGAUCAAGAGGACGAUCUAGUCAUUAAAGAAGAGUACGAUGAUGAUGUUAAAGAUGACAAUCUCAGAGAACCCAAAGAAAUAGAUUCUUCCCAUGACAUGUACACUAAUAUCAUAACCAAUUAUACUCCUCCAAUAAACGAAGGCGACUUUAAAUGUCCAAAAUGCUCGAAGGGUUUUAAUAAAAAACUUUUGUUGAAGAAGCACAAGAAGAACUGUAGACCGAGGAUGCAAAAAGAUCUGCUAACCAGAUGUAAAUCGUGUGCUAGGAUCUUUAAAGAUCGUCAGAGUCUCGCCAAGCAUCUCAUCAAUUAUCAUUCUGAGUACACUUGCGAAAUAUGUACCGAAAAAGUACAAAGUAAAUGCGAAAUCGUUUCACAUAUCAGGUUUAGGCAUCCAGGUUGUCCUCUGUUUUGUAGAAUAUGCACAAAUGUUCUCAGAAGCAAAAACGAUCUACAAGAACACGUGAGAAAUCAUUUUGAUUCGCACAUCUGCCAGUUCUGCGGCGAUUCACUCCCGAGCAAAAUAAAACUCAAAAUGCACAUACUCAGUUUACAUCGAAAGAUAUUGAGUCUGUCGUGUGGGAUUUGUUUGAAGUUGUUUGAAAAUCAGCACGUUUUGAGAGAUCACGUCAAACUGGUACACAAAAACGAGCUGGCGCCUCUAACUUCCUGUCCGAUUUGCGGGAAGAAUUACGGAUCGAAGUGGAAGACGUAUGAUCACAUCAACAAAUCGCAUGGUAGAAUAUUCAGAGCUUGCAAAACGUGCUUGGAAGUGUUUGAUAAUGAUGCUCAAUUACAGGCGCAUUGUGACGUUACUGCUCACGGAGGCCAAGUGGGCAGCGCCAAUGCUGCCGCGCUCAGAAACAGUAUUAUGGCCCAUAUUAAGUCUGCGAUGAACGAAGCUGCACAGAACGAACACGACAACAACGACGACACUGAUAGUGAUGAAGAAGGCGAAUCAGAUGGAGAAUACCACAAGCAACAUUACGAUGAACCUAAAUUAUUUUUAUCCCAGGAUGCUAAAAUAUCAUUAUUAGAAAAGCGACUGUUGGGUAAAACGUCGACUGAUGACGAAAGCAGUAUUAAAUCCAAACCAGCAUUAAGUAGUAGCAAUAAGAAAAUGAAAUUGUCUGUGAACGAAAUUAAACAAAAACCGUUUAACAAGAAAGAAGAUGAAUCAGAUAUGAACAAUCCCCAAACAAACUCCUCCAAACGCACAGUGUAUGUUAAUAGCAAUGAUCCUUCGUACUGUGAAAUUUGCUAUAAAACCUGGCCUGCUAAGAAGCAUCUUUGGCAACACUAUAUUCGCUGCCACAAGACUGUAGCGGCAACGGUAUGCGGAAUAUGCUUAAAAACAAAUGACAGCUACAAAUCUUUGCAAAAGCAUUUGAGAGACAAUCACCCAAAGUUGCUCCAUGGCCAAGGAUUCGGUUCUAACUUUAUUUGUAGAAUAUGCGGAAGGUACCACAAUGCUAGCUCAAAGUUAAAAUUACACAUGGUAAUACACGAAAACUUUGAUUGGACGCUUAUAGAAGAUAGUAAUAAAUCUGAAAAAGUAGUGGUUUCUAAACCCACCUCAAACGGCUUUAAACUUGAGAAAGAAGAAACUGACAGAGAGGAAUAUACUGAUAAUAUUAAUUAUGAGAGUUUGAUCGAACAAGUCGAAUGCUCUUCACAGUCAGACAAUGAUGAAUCUGACAACGACCAACCGUUACAAAUCAAAGUGGAUUAUUCUUCAGAAGUACAAGAAGAUACCGAGGAUUCGAUAAUGUCGUCCAACACUAAUCAUGGUCAAAUCAUCAACGACAAACCACCAGAACCAGUGCAACCCAAGCCUGCUCAACAGCCGGAAUAUUCCUCUUCCAGCGACGAUUCCAGUUCUAGUUACACCGACGGAAGCAAAAGUGAAUCUUCCGAUGACGACUGUUCUCAAGGAUCUCAAUCGUUACCGCCACAUAACAAAUUCAACCCGAGAUCUAACUCCAACACUGCGGAUUCGGUGCUGGACAGCAACAUCUUCAACAGAAAGCCAGAAGAGCUGGACUCUGCUAUCAAGUCGAUCAGUUACGAGUGUAUGGAACCGGUGGAUCUGAACGUUGUCGACGAUUAUUGCGAAUUACAGAAUAACUGUCUCAACGAGAAUGAGAUUGAGUCUGCAGUUGGUAGUAUUCUUUAAACGUCUGUAUAUAGUUAACAGAUUCUGUUAUUUUUCUUAAACGGUUAGCUUUACUAUGUGGACUUACCAGUACAUCUGAAGUAAUUUUAUAAGCAGUAGACAAAACCCUAUUUGCAGGAAAUAUUAAUAUAGUAACAGGUCAUACUUGGUAAACAGUUAUCGCUACACUUGAUAAAAAUGGAUUAAAAAAAUGGUUGUAUCACAAAAAAUUGUACUAAAAAAUCCUUUAUAAAAGGUAUAUUUAUUAAAAAACCCUCAAAGGGCCACAUCGACAUUACAGAACGUUUUCGAUCUACAAAGAUCAUCAUCAGUGCUGUUGCAGGCAAAUCACAUGCUGAGCCACCAAAAAUACAUGGGUAAAAACCCUUUAAAUGUUAACAAAAUAUGUCACAGUUAUAUAAUUAUAAAAAAAUCCAAGUAAUGGAUCAAAAUACAUAAGGAUGUGGCCUUUGGCAUCCUAUGACUCCCCACAGGGUACUUGGGUUGUUCGUUAGAAAGUAUGUCUUUACAUUGAGGACAGUGAAGCCAUGCCUUGUGGGGAUAUAUAGGAUGCCAAAGGGUUUGUACUUAUGUAUUUUUGGCGGCUCAGAAUGAGAUUUGCCUGUAACAGCACUGAUGAUCUAUGUAGAUCGAAAGCAUUAUGUGAUGUAGAUGUGGCCCUUUGAGGGUUUUUUAAUAAAUAUACCCUUUUAUAAAGAGUUUUUUACUAAAUUUUUAACGCAUUUUAUAUUUUUCAUAUUAUAAUAUUCUUCGAACUCCUUUUUUGAUAUGUUAUUAAAACUGAUGUUGCUAAAAUCACUUUAUCGAUUUUUCUCUUUUCUCGAUUAUUAAUGUUUAUUGAUGCCAAUGGCCAUUAGUUGUCGAUGCAUUAGCUAAAUAAAAAAAAAUUAUUGCAUAGUAUAUAAAUUAUUAUAAUCACUGAAUACAUAGUUAGUGAAAAAAUAAUUCUAUUAAUUACAUUAAUGAAUAAUUUAAGCAAUUAUGCAAGUAAGGAUUGUCCAAGAAUAUUCAAAAACUAAACCAAAUAGCCAUCUUAAUUUUGCUGGUGAAGUUAAUACUACACUACAGUAUAAAGAGGGACAGUAGAACCACUCUCCGAAAAAUUGGAAGUAAAAUCUGCAUUGCUAGUCGCAUAGAAACGUACGGGUUUUAUACUGUGACUACACGCUGUCGACAACUAAUAUACUCGCUAAUGUUUACUUCUCAGCUCACAGUGUUGUCAUUUAUAAGGUGUUUAUCUAAUUUAAAACUCAAAAGUCUGCAAUAGAGGAAGAUUACACUAAAAUUAUGUUUAUAUUGAUUUUUUUAUGUAUUUAAAAAUUUGGUUAACCAAUUAAUUUAUUAUUUAGAAUAAUCUGACAAUGAAAGAAAUGGCUUAGUACUUAUAUCGUUGGUUCCUGUUGUAAACAUUCUAAAAAAUACCACUACAAUUUUUGCUCAUAUAUUAACUAUCGUUAUUUAGUCGUAGAAAUUAAGUUUCAAAUGAAUUUGUUGCUCAGAUUUUGUCUACUGCUUAGAUGUGUAUAUGGUUAUUAAUUUUGAUUAAUUUAUAUGUAUAUUUGUGAUGUGAUGCCAUAUUAUUUUUGAUGAGAUUUCUUUAUAAACGUAUCUUGUAGAUCUGUAUCUCCGGAAGUUGUUUCGAUUCGGUUUUGAAAUAUUUUACUAGUCAUAAGGCACCUACUUUAUACUACCGAAUAUCUUAGGGAUUUUUGAUAAAAUGUAUAAGCACGAAAACAACAAGAACACUGUUCAAAGAUGUUUUAUAUUGUUGAUUUUUUUUUGGUUAUUUAAUUGAAUUUUGAUGGGUAUGUAAUUUGUGACAUAAUAUAUAUGCCUGGUAACCCAGGUGUUAAUGUUAACCCUUUCGUUCACGAAUUAAAUUUCUUUAAGCUAAAAAUCUGAAUUUUUGAUAUUAGUUUUAUAUUUUAAAAUGCACAGUUUGUUCACUACAAGAUGCCCUCAUUUGAGGACAUCGUGAGCCAAUGGAGUAAAAGUAUUAGAUAUGUUUUUAAAAUACUGACAAAAAACAAAUCUAAAGUAUUUCAUUCAAUAAGUAAUGCAUGGUAUCUUAUAAAACAAUUAUUUUAAUUACUUAUAUAAUUUUUCCGUUGACUCACAACGUCCACAAACGAGUUCAUGCUUUUUGAGAAAAACCACGGUAGCUCAUUUUAAGUAAAACCGCUAUUAACAGUAGUUUUUUAAGAAAUUCUACUACUUAUCAACACCAUGCGACAUAUUCAAUACAAAUUGUUAACAUUUUAUAUCGAAAGAAACUCGAAUGAAUUGUCACUGUAUACACCAGUCAUAAGUAACUAUAGAAACCCAUAUUUCAACAAGUUAAAUAUUUUGUUCCAACAGCGUUAGAUAUCAGCACAAGUUGGUACUCAGUGGACGGAAUAGGAUGUCCAUAAUCGGGGACAAUGUGUUACAAGGGUAAAAACACAUGGAGCAUCAUACAAAAAAUUAUAAAUAGGUUGUUCCCAAUUGAGGACACGGUGAACGAAAGGGUUAAAACGUAAUAUAAUUGGUAUAAAGCCAAUGUGCAUUACAAGUAUCUUUGAGUCUCCUUUUACAGCAGCGAAUAUCUUCAAAAGAACACAUUUCACCGGGGUGCAAUUACAAUUUUUGCCAUACUCGUAUAAUAUUAUACUCUAUUUAAUGUAUUAUUAUUAUUGAAUUGUUUUGAAAUUGAAAUGAAUUAUUUUUAAAUAGUUUAGAAUUAAUCGCUAUGAGAAUUGGAUAGAAAAUUUGGUCACACGAAUGUGGCAUUUGCUAAUAACGAUUCCAUUGACAGCAACCUCUUUCUUCCAUGGCCAUGUAGGUAUAGUCGGUUCGCUAAACUCAGACACAACUUUCUAGUGAUUUUAGUAAGUAUUCAACUAUUUUCAAUGGGAAAUAAGCCACAAUUUUACCAAAAAAAUGAUUUUAUUAACGUUUCGACGCCCAAGUCGGGUGUCGUUGUAAAAAGAACAAAAUAAUACUGAUUAUUAUUACAGUAUUAUUUUCUUUUUUUUACGACACCCGACUUGGGCGUCGAAACGUUAAUAAAAUCAUUUUUUUGGUAAAAUUGUGGCUUAUUUCCCAUUGAAAAUAGUUGAUUAUAAAAAUGCCACAAGGAAAUAGCUUCAGAACAACAUUUAGUAAGUAAUUUUGCCAAUUUGGUAAAAUUGGCAAAAAAAUAAUUACUAAAUAGUUAGUAAUUUUGCCAAUUUUGGGAAAAUUGGCCAAAAACAAAAAAAUUACCUACUAAAAUCACUAGCCAGUUGUGUCUGAGUUUAGCGAACCGACAUAUACAUUGAACAUAGUGAUUGUUAUUCGUGCUUUCCGUUAUCAAUUAUCCUUAAAAGACACGAGAACAAAUAUGGAGACAUGAUCUAAUUUUAUUAAAUGCAGCAAUUAGGUUAAUUUUACUCCAGCGUGUACUCUAUGGUACGUUACUUGUUUUCAAACGAAAUAUUUGCUUUAUAAAACCCUCGCAUUACUUCUACAAAAAAAGUAUUAUCUAGUCUAUUAUUUUCAAAGUAUGUAUUGUAAACGGGGUUUUUAUCAUUACGAGGCACAUUUUUCUUAGAAAACAAUGUAAAAUGGUACACCUGGAACUGUAUUAUAGGGUAAAUGUGCAUUUCAGAGCAAUCAUAUUCCUAAUGAUGCACAACUGACACACACGUGUGUGUGCUGUCAAUUGCAGACUCUAACACGAACGUGGCAACUUAAGGAUGAUUAACUCAAGGUCGCUGAAGAUGAAGCUUUGGACGGUGUCUUGUCCUGUCUUGUGACUGUCACUGUAAAAGAGACGCCUUUGAGAUGUGGUUGUUUUGAAGGAUGCUGAAGAUCUCUUGGACAGAGCAUGUGGCCAACAACGAGGUGCUGAGAAGAAUGGGGACUGAGAAAGAACUCCUAAAUAUUGUAAAAAACAGAAAAACAAGUUAUCUAGGACAUAUUUAUUUACAGAGGAGAAAGAUACAACUUUUUACGACUCAUAAUGGAAGGGAAAAUGGAAGAAGAAAAUGCUCCUGGCUGAAGAAUGUAAGAGACUGGACAGGCAUAGUAGUACGUUCUUUAAUGGUAAAAUAUUGCAAAACCUCUAAAUUUUAAAGAACCGCUUGGAUUGACAUGAAAUUUGGCAUACACAUAGCUAACAAGUCGAAGAAAAAAAGUGAUAUUGUGCCAAUAUGUGCUUUCUCCCCGGGGGUGGUUUUCACCCCCUCUUGGGGGUGAAAAAGUAUUCGUCCAAAGUAAGUCCGGAAAUUGAUAAACUGACUAAUUUUAAGUAAGUUUUGUUCUAUAGAGUUUUUUCACUAAAUCAAUACUUUUCGAGUUAUUUGCCAGUGAAUAUGUUCAUUUUUUUCAACAAAAUAACCACGCGUUUAGACGGUUUGUUGCAAAUAACUCAAAUUGUAAGUAUUUUGUCGAAAAAACAUUCGUACCAAAAAUAUAGUCUGUAAAAUUUAAAAAAAAAAUGAUGUAUAUAUCACGUUUAUAUACCUAGUAGAAGCAGAGUUAUAGCUAAUUAAAAAUAGGUUCAUAUUCGUCAAAUUCCAAAUGGAAUACUUUAACGUGAAAUAACCAAAAAUGAAGCACAUUUCCGGGAAAACUCAUUACAACUUAUUUAAAGUGUUUAAAAAAGCUUCAUUUUUGUUUUAUAAAAAAAUUUCUAGCAUCAAAAGUAAACAAGUUACGCCCAAAAUAAAGUUAGUCCCUUUUUUUUUGGUAAAACAAUCGGGAAAAUCACUCCUUAAUUAGUAUCUCAAAUGAACUUAAUCGUUACGACUUCACAAGUGUCUUGACUCGUGUAUGUAUUGUUUAUAUGAUCUGUAAGUUUUAUCGGUUCAAAGUCCUUAUUUUUGAAAGGGCUGUAGUUAAAAGGGGUUGAACGAGUCACUGAUCACGAAUGUAUACAAAUUUAGAAACAGCAAAUCUUAAUCAAUUUUUGUCUAACAGAAAAACAAAAAAAUACAUGAUAUUCGGAUAAGCAAUGCUGACUUUUUUUGUUUUUCGACAUUUUUGGUAUCUCUAAAAGUUAUUUUAAACAAAAGCAUAUUUUUCAAAAUUAAAAUUUUUAAAAAUUUUCCUUUAAAACAAAAUUUUUUCCAAAAUAAGCACUUUGAAUCGAUGAAACUUACAGAUCAUAUAAACACAACAUAAGUAAAAUAAUUUAUGGAGCGGUAACGAUUAAUUUCAUUUAAGUUGCUAAUUAGGGGGUGGUCUUUCCGAUUUUUUUUGCCAAAACAAGAGGGUUCAACUUUAUUUUGAGCGUAACUUGCAUAAAUUUAAUGCUAGAAACUUUUUAUAAAAACAGAAAUAAAGCUUUUUUUAAACACUUUAAAAAACUUAAAAUGGGUUUUCCCCAAAAAGUGCUUAAUUUUUUGGAUAUUUCACUUCGAAGUGAAAUUUGGGGUAUUUGAAAUUUAGUGAAUAUGAAUCUAUUUUUCAUUGGCUAUAACUCUGGUUUUACGAGGUCCAGAGACCGAACGCGUACACCAUUUUUUUUUUUACUUUUUUACAGGCUAUAUUUUUGCUAAGAACGUUUUUUUCGACAAUAUACUUACUUUUUGAGUUAUUUGCGAAAAACCAUCUAAAAAUGUAGUUAUUUUGUUGAAAAAUGAACAUAUUCACUAGCAAAUAACUCGAAAACUGUUCUUGGCGAAAAAGCUCUAUAGAACAAAAAUUACUUAAAAUUAGGCAGUUUAUCCAUUUCCGGACUUAUUUUGGACUUACAUUUUUUCACCCCCAAGAGGGGGUGAAAGUCACCCCCAGGGCAAAAGCACACAUUGGCACAAUAUCACUUUUUUUCUUUGACAUGUAAGCUAUGCGUAUGCCAAAUUUCAUGUCAAUACAAGCGGUUCUUUAAAAUUUAGAGCAAAAACCGUGAAAGAAUUGGCUAUAGACACACAUUCGAUACUAAGAACAGCUCAAGAUUGGGAACAAUUUGCUGUAGUUAUAGCCAACCUUCAGUAAUAGAGAAGAAACCUUAAGAGGAAGUAAAAGAGACUGCAUAUAAUGAAUGAUGGAAAGUUGCUGGCGUCUUUUAAGUCAUUUACGCAGGUCUUUUAAUCUUUAGUUUUGUCUUCGGCAGACUGAAAUUUUAUCGAGGAAUUGUAGAAUUACAGCAAAUUCUCUGAUUUGCUCUUAUUAUAUAGGUUACUCCUCUGAGGGCAGUAUCUGUUAUUAAUUUAAUUCUCGUUUUGAGAAGGCACUUUGACGUUUCAUGUGAUAAUUUUACAACCAUUUUGCUUUCUCCCUCUCUCUGUAUGCGUAUUGAGCUAGUGAUACUGUUAGCCCUGUCGCCAGUGGGGGUACAACGGCCUCCUUAAUUCAGAUGGACUAACUUAAGUUCUUUUUAUGUAUUUUGACCCGUAGAACACGAAUUUUUUGGGUAACAGUUGAUCCGGAUGUCGAUAAGAUUGUUAUAAACAAAGAACUUGACGAUUCACAUAACAGCGAUUUUUCGCAAAACAAAACAUUUUUUGUAUUUUUCGGGUCAUUCUAAGCAAAAAAUGUUUUUACAACUUUUUUCGUAGGAUGCAUAGUUUUGGACAUAAACGCGGUUGAACUUUCAAAAAAUCGAAAAAUUGCAAUUUUUGAACCCGAAUAACUUUUGAUUGAAAAAUAAAAUAGAAAUUCUGCUUACCGCAUUUGAAAGUUCAAGUCAAAUUCUAUCGGUUUUGAUUAUUUUCAUUGCUAAAAAUGAUUUUUUUUAUUGUUAAACAAAGCUAUAAACACAUACAGUCCCUGGCCAUAUUAUUAUGACCACCUAUGAAUUUUUACAAAAAUCAACUAUUCCACUAGGUACGUUUUGUUUAAUAUAUGAUUUUUAAAUUUAAUUUUUUUAUGCAAUGUUAAUGUUAUGCAUUAACUAUAACAUAUUUAAUAAUAAACAGCAAAAAAAUAUUUGAAAAUAAUACAUAUUUAUAUUUUUUUAAUAUUUUGUUCAGCUUCUGACCUGAAUCAGAUGGAAAAUAUUUGGGAGCUUUUAAAACGAGAAAUUUCCGAUGAAAAGGUCACUAACGAAGUUGUUUUGUGUAAAAAACUAAUAUAUCGUUGAAACCACAAUGACAAAUUGAAGCAAAAAAAAUUUAACUGCAUUCAAAGUAUGCCAAGACGGGUACUAGCGGUAAUUAAAGUUAGAGGGGGCUCAGCAAAAUAUUAAAAAAAUACAAAUAUGUGAUAUUUUCAAAUGGUUUAUUGCUCUUUAUUAUUAAAUGUAUUAUAUUUAAUAAUAAACACCAAUAAAACAUUUAAAAAUAUCACAUAUUUUUAUUUUUCCAAUAUUUUGGUGAGCCCCCUCUAACUUUGAUUACCGCUAGUGCCCGUCUUGGCAUACUUUGAAUGCAGUUAAAUUUUUUUUGCUUCAAUUUGUCAUUGUGGUUUCAACGAUAUAUUAGUUUUUUAAACAAAACAAUUUCGUUAGUGACCUUUUCAUCGGAAAUUUGUAGUUUUAAAAGCUCCCAAAUAUUUUCCAUCUGAUUAAUGUCAGAAGUUGAACAAAAUAUUAAAAAAAUAUAAAUAUGUAAUAUUUUCAAAUAUUUUAUUUCUGUUUCUUAUGAAAUAUAUUAUUGGGACCGUGCAAGUUCGGCAAAGCGACAACUAUUUCUACGCUCUGCAACUUUAUUCGCACUUUUAAUUAUAUUGGCCAAUUAUAUUAGUCCUGGUUACUGGAUAAUUGUCAAGGCCAUAGUCCAAAAAAAUAAUAAGAAGAAAAAAUAAGAUUCAGGUUAUGUUAUUAAAACGUAAACAAUUGUAUGUAGUAAAUAAAAUUAGUUAUUAAAAUGCAGUACUGCAAGCAAAAUACAAUUAAUUAAAUUUACCUUUAUAUAAUAAUUGCAUAUCAUAUCAAUAUUGUGGAGCAGAAUAUAAUUUUUCUUCUUCAAUGACAGUAGAUAUGAAAUGUACGUCAAUUUGACAAUUUCAAUUGACAAUAUGAAUUAUUUAAGAAAGUUGCAAUAUUUCUCCGCUAUUCGCGCACGAUCGUUUCUCAAUUCCCUUCCAAGUACUUGCACACCGCGAAUAGUUAAUGAAUAACAUUAACAUUGCAGAACAAAAUUAAAUUUAAGAAUCAUAUUUUAAACAAAACGUUCUUAGUGGAAUAGUUGAUUUUUGUAAAAAUUCAUAUGUGGUCUUAAUAAUAUGGCCAGGGACUGCUUGAAUGAUGUUUUCAAUGCAUUUCUCAUUUGAAAUCGAACGAGUAGGCGCGCAUACAGACAAUUUCUACGUAAUUACGUACAUUAAAACGCAUGGAUUGGGCACGGGAAACACUAUGUGUUUACAGCUUUGUUUAACAAUAAUAAAAUUAAUUAUUAGCAAUGCAAAUAAUUAAAACCGGUAUAAUUUGACUUGAACUUUCAAAUGCAGUAAGCAGAAUUGCUAUUUUAUUUUUUAACCAAGAGUUAUUCGGGUUCAAAAAUUGCACUUUUUCGAUUUUUUUGAAUUUUCAACCACGUUUAUCUCGAAAACUAUGCAUCCUACGAAAAAACUUGUAAAAAUAUUUUUUGCUGAGAAUCACCCAAAAAAUACAAAAAAAUGUUUUGUUUUGCGAUAAAUCGCUAUUAUGAAAUUCCUCAAGUUCUUUGUUUAUAACAAUCUUCUCGACAUCCGGAUCAACUGUUAGCCAAAAAAUUCGUGUUCUACGGGUAAAAAUACAUAAAAAAAACUUGGAAAAGUCCAUCUGAAUUAAGGAGGCCGUUGUACCCCCGCUAGCGACAGGACUGUGUUGUUAGUUAUGUUCCCAAGCACUGAAAUUUUAUUUUUACCUGGCUUUUGGUUGCUCCAAAAGUGGGUCCUGGGACUAGGAAAGAUACUUCUUGUUCAAAAGAAUAUCUAUGGACUAUCUUGUUCUAUGAAAAACUAUCUAGAAACAAAUCUCACACCAGGUACAAGGCGACAGAAAUAUGUGAAACUGCCAAGGACAGACCGAUCGAAAACUAUGGUUACUCGACGUUGUCAGAUCAAUCAGGUUUCAAAGGUUUUUCGUUUUUUUUUUAAGUUAUACUUCUUUAGGCACGAUUAAGAGUAAAAUUUCAUAAUUCUGCGCGCAUGCGCACACAGACAGUAUGGCGUUUAGUUGCUAAAUCUUUUAAAUUAUGUAUAAAUAUAUCAGUGAAAGAAAAGGUGUGAAAAGAAUAUAUUUAGUCGAGGCAUUGAAGGAUUGAAGUGUCGAUUUUUUUGCAGUAAGAUGGAUUUUAAUGCGGAUUGGUGCGUUGGAUUCGUGAGAAUGUCAGGAAAUUUUGUGAACUAAUGUAAUGAAUAAGAAAUCUCAAAUUGCAUUUGUGAAUAAGAAAAAUGCAUUUCAAAAGUGCAUUUUGAAAUAGGCAAUUAUUAUGUGCAGGUACCUACAUGCUUUUGUGUUUACGAAUGUUUUGUAUAAAUGUACCUAUUUACGAUAAUGUUUCUUCUAAAAUUUAGGAAUAUAUUAAUUUUAUAAUACAUUUAAGUGUGUAGUAAUUUUCUUUACAAUUUUUCCCAGCCCGAAGUAGUGGAUGUGUGAAUUGUUCGUAAGGGGAUUUUUCCGCAUUCUCUAUUUCAUUUGUUUGUUUUACUUACCUAUUUGUUUUUUUAUACCUAAUAUCGCCCGUGUCUAACAAGUGUCUGCGUAGGCUAGCGGUAAUGUGUAUCUAGUUACGGACGUGUUAGUACUUGGUUCGAUUUCCCAUAAGGAAAUUUUUUUUGUUUAUUAUUAAUGGUUAUUGACAUCUUAGACUAUUAUUAUAUGGACUUAAAAAUGAUUAAAAGUAAUUAAAAUAAUUAAUCGGGAUGUUGCCCAACUAUUUACAGAGUUGCAAAUUUAUAAUAAGUGCCUAUUUCAAAAUGCACUUUUGAAAUGCAUUUUUCUUAUGCACAAAUGCAAUUUUAGAUUUCUUAUUCAUUACAUUAGUUCACAAAUUUUUCUGACAUUCUGACGAAUCCAACGCACCAAACUGCAUUAAAAUCCGUCUUACUGCGCCAAAAAUCGACAGUAAGGCCUUUUUGUGCUUCAAUGCCUCGACUAAUUAGUGUUUUUUAGUAAAUAUAUUUAUUAUAAUUUU